AAAGAAUAAUUGAAUUGUCUCAUUGGAAAUACUCGUAUCCUCGUUGGAGUUACAAAGCAACAUUAUUAUUUAUUUUAAAAUGAUGCAAACGAAGUCUCUAGUCCCAAAAUUAGUUUUGUUAACCUUGAUCGUUAGUUGCCUAACUGUCUCAGUAAAUGCUGCUAAAAUAUCGAAAACUCAUACCAAAUCAGUGUCUAAGACUGCGGAAGAGGUUACAACAGUUAAGUCGGCGCAGGCAGCCGAAACGAAAGUUGAUAAUGAUGUUACCAAAGCCGCCCCAAUAGAAGAUGAUGCUGAUGAAUAUGAAGAUGAGGCGGAAGAUGACUAUGACGUUGCCGAUGAUGAUGAUGGUAAUGGCAAUGAUUUAUUGGAUGAUGGGUCCGAAAAGAACGCUGCCGAAGCGAGUAAUGACAACUCAUUGGGUGUCUGGAGCGUUGUUUCGGGUAUUUGGAAUUGGAUUAGAGAUGAUAUAUCAGCGGAAUUUUUCGCUGGCCAAGACGAUGACGAUACAACUACUUCCGCAAUUGCAGAUGGACGCGCAGAAAAUGGACGCGAAGUGCAGGCACGCACCUUUGGCAAAAUUCGUCGCUUACAAAUGGCUCUCAUUCCGAUCAUUUUUAAAUUCGGCAUUCUAACCGCUAUGGUUGCAUUUUUGGUGGCAAUUGCAAUGAAAACUUUGUUCCUCAUUAAAGUUCUUCUGGUUAUAAAUGUCUUUGCUUUGUUGGGCAAAUUCUUUACUCUUAAAGCAGACCUCUUUCACACGGGGCAUUCUUCACAACCCAGCUGGGGUUGGAGUCCUCCGCCGCAUGUGGAAUAUUCAGCAUAUUCUGCACCACCAAGCUGGGCUUGGGGUCCACCACCAUCGGCGUCCAGUUGGCCCUCAGCGCCUGUGUUAGAGCAUAAAAUAGAGAAGGUACCAGAGCAAAUUCACCAAUCGAAUCCAGGCCAGCCCUCUAAGGAGAUACAUUUACACAUACAUGGUGGUCAGGGGGAGGCAAAAGUUGAUGCAUUCUCUACCUAUGGCCCAGCCACUCCUAGUGGUUGGAAACGCAGUGAUUCCAAUAGGCCUUUUGAAACUUUAGCUUUAUCAGAUCAUGGUGAGAUUAAAUUGGAUGCGACAAGAACAAGGUCGUUUCCCGAUGCAGCACCCUCCAAUCAUAGAAUGUUUUAGGCUAUGGGAGAGAGAGAGGAAGUAAAUACUUGAAGUGAGCUUAAUGUGAUAGGAUGUACACCCCUGCUAUUAAGCUGGUAUUUACAUUUUGCCCUUGGAAUUCGCCCUUUAGUGCCUAAGAGUUCAAUGUCUUAUAAAUCUA